GGCACGGCACGGCGCGCCUCGGCCGAGCAUGGAGCAGUAGCGGCUCGGCGCCUCGCCGCUCCGUACCGCCGGCCAUGGGUGCGGAGCGCAGGGCGGAGGCGGCCGCGGCUCCCCGCGCCGGCGGCGGCUGCUCCUGCGGCGGCGGCGGCGGCGGCAGCUGGCGCCUCUUCCUCGGCUUCUUCGCGCUGUCGCUGGCGCUGCACGUCCUCACGCUCGGCUGCUACCUGGAGCUGCGCUCCGAGCUGCGCCGCGACCGCGGCCCGCAGCCCGCCGCCCCGCCGCGGCGCGACGGCACGGCGGCAGCAGCCCCGGGCGCCCCGGCCGCAGGGCGCCCGCAGCGGCCGGCCGAGGGCGCGGAGCGGCGCCAGCAGCUGGCCUUGCUGAACUUCUUUCAUCCUGAAGAAAAGUUGCAUGUUGGAGAAGAAAGUAGACGCGUCCGUCGAAAUAAAAGAAGUAAAGGUAGCGAAGGGCCUGAUGGUCCAAGUUCAGUUAAAAACAAGAAAAAGGGUAAAAAGGCUGGUCCUCCAGGGCCCAAUGGUCCCCAGGGGCCACCAGGCCCUCCUGGGCCCCAGGGCCCCCCCGGGAUUCCUGGGAUCCCCGGGAUCCCCGGCACAACUGUAAUGGGACCGCCUGGCCCUCCUGGCCCACCGGGCCCUCAGGGACCACCUGGACUGCAGGGUCCUUCAGGUGCCACAGACAAGGCAGGCUCCAGAGACAUCCAGCCAGCUGUGGUUCAUCUUCAAGGCCAAGGCUCAGCAAUUCAAGUAAAGAAUGAUCUUUCAGGUGGAGUCCUCAAUGACUGGUCUCGCAUCACUAUGAACCCCAAGGUGUUUAAGCUGCAUGCCCGCAGCGGGGAGCUGGAGGUACUGGUGGACGGCACAUACUUCAUCUAUAGUCAGGUAGAAGUAUACUACAUAAACUUCACAGAUUUUGCCAGCUAUGAGGUGGUGGUGGAUGAAAAACCCUUUCUGCAAUGCACUCGGAGUAUUGAGACCGGCAAGACCAACUUCAAUACCUGCUAUACAGCUGGGGUCUGCCUCCUCAAAGCCAGGCAGAAGAUUGCUGUGAAAAUGGUCCAUGCUGACAUCUCCAUCAACAUGAGCAAGCACACAACUUUCUUUGGGGCCAUACGCCUAGGAGAUGCACCAGCAUCCUAGAUGAACUUGGCAUGUCCAAGGAUACUCACAGAACUGCACAGUGCUGCUGUUCAUAAGCGUAUCAGUAUUUCAGGGGGUUCUAUAAUCCGGCCAUAAAGAAAACUGAUCCAGAGCUAUUUAUUCCUAUAUGUGAAUACAGGAAGCACAGUGUCUUCUGUGACGUGCAUGGAGACUUGGAUCAAAAAGCUAGCUGAAAAGGCGUUGUGAGGAAAAAAGGCUGUUGUGUCUGCCUUGUCUCAGUAUUUCAAGUAUUACUGCACUGAUAUUCUGCUCUGUGAUCUUCACAUGAGGCUUGUUGAGAAUGAUGUGGGUCUCUGCUUUUAUGUUGCACUAGCAAGAGCAUCCCAGGCAGUAGCAGGAGAAGAUAGAACAAUUUUGACAGAAGUCUACCUAGGCACUCCUGCUUCUGCACACUAAUGAAAGCAAGAAAUGGAGUUUCUGUUUUUCUGCCUUCUCAGUUCUAACUGGAAUGGCAACGUAGCGGGGAAGGAGGUGAAUAAGACAGUCAGUGGUGUUUACGUUCAUCCUCAGGAGCGUGAGAAAAGAAGGUGAAGUGCCACUAUCUAGAGCUUGGAAGCAGGCUGCAAAAGCAGAAAGUUUGAGAGGAAAACGUAUAUGUAAUAGAACAGGCUUAGCACAUAUGAAACUGCCUCUACAUUCCAUGAAUUGAGAAGUCCCAAAGAUAAUGACAAGUACAGUUCAAAGCCUCUGCUACUUCCAGUUCCUGCCAUUACCCCAGAGGUGUACCUUGCCCUAACGGGGCUGCCUUAAAGUACUGCUGCUGUUACAGCAAUUUGUGUUUUGUUUUUUUGUCUUUUUAAUUAAUAUUUUGCAAAGCGGAACACAUUUCUACAGGCUUCACAGAGCCACGUAGAGCAGACACAAGUACUUGUGAAAACACCCUUAAGACGUUUGUCAUGUUUAAGAAUAAAAUAUUCAAAAGGAAUUUUCUUUCUGUUUUAAUAGCAACUGUCCUGCUUUUAAGAUGUGGUCUUUAUCCCCCUCCCCUUCUUUUUUGGCAGUCUUCUAUCUAAAAUGCUCUAAUACGUGGUGAUGGAGUCGCUAGCAAAAAUUUGUAUUUAAUAAGUGUGGUCCAGCAUGAAGUCACCACUUUUUCUUUUCUCUGAGCCCUGCUGAGUCUAGUCAUAACUCGAUUUCUGGUGACUAAGAGAAUUGCUGCGACGCUAUUGUUUCUUUUGGCUUCUUGAGCAACUCUCUCCCAUUACCUCCCCUCAACUGGUGAGAUCUAAAGCUGUAAGAUGUGCUUGAGCUGAGGAAGAGGCUGAAACAGUAAUUGCUCUUUUGUGUCAUGCCUUGGUUUGUGUUGGAUUGGUUUUUUAAAAAAACUGGAUUUCUUUUUAGAGUGUAUUUUUUGAACUAAAGAGGAUAGUGAAAUUUCAGCUGGUAGAGCAGAUGUGAAUAGCCGGAUUGGGAGCAAGUCCUGAAAUGACAUCCUGGUCGUAGCCUUCAUCUCUGCCCAUAGAGGUGGCUCAGCAGUGAUCACCUGUAGAGACAGGAGAGCGAACGUAGUCAGUGCCGUGCUUGGCGGCUGGUCUGAGCGCAGACGGAUCCACCCUGGCUGAAGUGUUCUUGGCUGCGUUGCUUUUCCCCAUCUGUAGCUGCUGAUCUCACUUGCCAAGUAUUGCAGUUAUUGGGAGAUAAAUAUUUCUUGGGGGCACCCAGCUUUGGCUUCAGCCUUGCUAUUCACAGGAGGCGUGCAGUUUAUAAAAUAACUGCAUGAAAAAUUGCGUGCUAUUUCUUUUCCAAUAUGUUCUCCUCCUUUCUAGCCUAAACAUGUUGGACUAGCAAGAGCCUUAGGGGCACGUAACUGGUCUUUGUGGUUCAUUUCCUCUAAAAUGGAUUAUGAAGGACAUGUUCCUCUGACUAGAAUGAAUCAGGACAACUGUACAGUGAGAACAUGAAGCAAAUCAUUAACAGAAUUGCUUUAGAAUAUGGUCUGAACAGCAGUACUUAGGGGCAAGCAUAAAUAAUGAAAUGACUUCUGAGAGCACGAUGGAUGUAGUUCGCUUUCUUUGUCCCCCGCUGGUAGGAUCUGUGGUUCAGUUCUGACUAUGACUGUGAGCAGGAGUAGGCAAAGGGAGAAUCCCUUGUUUCUCGAGAAACCCCAUGCAGCUCCGUCAAGUUCCCUCUCCGGCGUGUGCAUGGGACGGCGUAGGGGACAGCGGAGGGAAGUGAUCCCUGCCUCCCUCAUCGCAAGGAAUGGACGGUGUUCAGGUUGUGAAUGUGCUUUUCCCAGUGUUUGUGUUACACCAAAGGGUGAGCUCAGCACAGCCCGAGCUCCGCAGCACAGUCGGAGGCUGGAGAAUGCCUGACUUGGGGUGGCCUUCGUAUCUGAGAGCCACGUUCAGCACUGGUAUGAGUGAAUGAAUCACCAGUCCUGUAGCAACUGUGGAGAGUCUUUUAUACUUGAAACCCUUUAGCCUCUCUAGCAACAAGUUCUCAUUAAUGAAGUAUUACAGUGUAGGUUACCUAGGCUAUAGAUCAGCUUCUGUAGGAUCCUUCUCUGUGCCACCGUCUUUGGAGCCUCUGUGGUUUCCCUUAACUGGAGCAGAAGAGGCCUGGAAGCAGCUCGUAGGAGCAGGGAGAUGCUUAGGGAAGAUUUUAACAAACUCCACCAAGAACAGGACCUUGCUCCAGUCUUUCCCUCCGGUGUCUUUUAAUUUUGAUGUAUAUCAGUUUCUAGUCUGGUUGACAAGAAGUGCUUCACUUACAGGCAAAUGUCUGCGUAGCAGAGACACUGGCACAGCCCUCCAUGAAAACAGUCACUGUUGUCAUCUUACGUGCCAGCCUUUCCUCUCCGGUGGUACUUGCUAGCUGUGCUCUUACCUAUGUGCCUUAGAUCUGCUGCUCAACUUUUGGCUGGAUUCCAGUUGCAGAAAUGUAGCAAGCGGCUAAUCCGUGUAGAAUUUGUCAUUUUAAACCCUUCUCCCUCCCAAGAUUCUCUGUACAGAUACCAUUUAUAGGGAAGCCAGCUCUGCUGUGACAUUCAGGGCAUCUGAAGGAUAGACGCUAGAAAGCAUCUUCAGUAGAUGCUUUUCGGUCAUGUCUGCCUACCCACAAAGAACUGCCCUUUGCUUCUCUCCAGGGACUUUCUUACGCAGGUGAGCACAGUACCAGCUGUGGUUUUCCUGCUGCCCACUGUGCCAGGUCAUCUUCGGCCUCGGGAUCUUCCUUCCACAGAAUAAGCAGUGUUAGCUGCUUAGAAAGGGGCACCCUGAGAUGAGCAAGCUAUGUUAGUGAGUUCAUUUCUCUCUCAGCUGGUGGGGCAGCCCCUCUUCCUGCUAAUUUUCCUUUGCUUCUUUUUUUUUUUCUGUUGGAAGAAGUGGAGCGCAGAGAAUUACUGUGAAGGCAGUCAGAAACUUUCUCGUACUUGCUGGUUCUUCCCACUAAGUGACUUCAAGGUAAUUGUGCACCUACCCUGAAUUCCACCUUCGCUGCCCCACGCAGUCCUGGUGCAGGCUUUUGGAGAAAAUGGAAGUUAUUUUGUAUUUUACGGCCUAAAAAAGGUGUGGGGGUAAAUUUACAUCUGGAAGGUGUUCUCAGGUAUGCAUCUUUCAAGUCUCUGUGAAAUCUAGUCAGAUUGCAAGUAGUUCUUUUGUUCCAUGCAUUCAGUCCUGCAUUUGUACAGAGACUCACCCCCACCUCAAAACAAGCAGCUUUCUUUUCCAAAAGUGUUGACUCAGAGUUCAGGAACACAAAGGCUCAAAGGAAGCCCCUGUCGUUCCCCAUCUGUGAGCUGAACCUCAGCCUGUGGUGUGGCUGAAGUUGUCUUUUGGGUUGGUUGCUUGAUUUUGAUUUCUCUGCUCGAUAAGCUUUUCUGGCUCACAGACCGUACGUGCUUCCCUGUUCAAGUGCAGUUAUGUUUUGCUGCUGCGUCCAUUUACAAGUCUGACCCACACACACCCAUGCAAUGUUUGUAUUCAUCAUUUCCAGGUUUAGGAGGAAGCCGUUCCUCAGACUCCCUAACAAAAAUAUAAUGAGAGAAGAGUUGUGGGGAAAAAAGGCAACAACUCCAAGCCUGUUACUCUGUUUGAACUGCACAGUGACACACUGAUGCUGUUUUGUGCUUCGAAAUCUUUAUUCAAGACACUAUCUGUAUAUAAAAUAUACAUAAUGUAUAUAAAUUAGGAUGUAAGUUUAUGUAAAUUGUCAAUAUUUUCUUUGCAAAUAAAGCUUUUUCCUGAUC